AUGCAGUUUACAUGUGACGCAGGUUGCUUCCACAGCGUGUUUACAGAGAACGGCGUGCCCAGUGUCUGCGCGUGGCAUCUUUCAGGAAAUGUCACCGCUUGUGAAGAAGUUUGUCAACAGUCCUGCCUUGAUAGCAUUCGGGGCUCCAAAGCCCAAGGUAGUGACAGCUGCUCCCGCAGCGUUAUUGGGCCGGAGAUGCCGCGGAAGCGAAACGCCGCCGCCGAGGCGGCUCUGGAUCAUUUUCCAUCAGCUCAAAUGGCGGAACAUGAGGAACGCACGAGCACUCGGCGGGUUGAGAGUGGCAAACAGAAGAUGGUUCCCCGAUUUCGACUGGACAGAAAGAAUGCGGGAAGCCACAUAACGUCGGAGACCAAGAUACAACGAUCCGAAGGUGUUUCAGAUCGCUGUGCGAGCGCGUGCUUCGCCGGAACCGAAAGUUCUUCAGUGACCGUAGAAGUUUGUGAAGAUGCUAUAGAAUAUCAGAGCAGGAAGCGGUUAAAGGCUGCGCGGUAUUCUUGCAACAAUAAUAGAAUGCAUCCACGUAACAGGCACAGCAAUGGUACUGUUGACUACGGAGCGCUCGGAGAGAAGUACCAUGAUCUGAAGAAGUACCUUGCCCCAAAAAAGCAUGGCGGCUUUUCUCUUGAUAUGACGAGUACCAUGGCUCUAUAUGAGCUCGCCAAAGCCCUGAUGAUGGAGUUUUACGGGCUGAAGUUUGAACUACCUUUAAGCCACGAACAUUUCCUUGUACCGUGUAUUCCUUCGCGAGCGAAUUAUAUACACCACAUGGCCGAUCUCUUGGUCGAUGUUGAACAAGAGGGCGCACUGCACUUGGCUCUUCACGGGCGCGAUGGUGAUUCCCCGGCAGUCCGGCGUGCGGCACAAGAAGCACAGCCGCUCCGUGGUAAACAUAUCAAGGUCUUGGAUAUUGGUGUUGGGGCAAACUGCGUGUAUCCUCUACUGGGUUGCGCCGAGUAUGGAUGGACGUUUGUAGGCUCCGAUAUCAGUAAGCGUUCUCUGGAGUUAGCGCGUGAAAACGUCAAUCUCAAUGGCCUUGGCUCGUGCGUGCAUUUGCGACACCAGCAAGAUCCAGUUAAGUUUUUCUCUGGUGUAGUCGAGAACGGAGAGAUGUUUGCACUCUCUAUGUGCAAUCCACCUUUCCAUGAAUCUACGGACCAGGUUAAUGUUUGCCCAUUUCGGGUUCUUGAGGCCCAGAACCACGAGAUAGUGUGCGAAGGCGGCGAGCUCAACUUCAUCAUGAGUAUGAUACGUGAGAGCCGAGAAUUCUGCUCUCAGUUCAUGUGGUUCACCUCAUUGGUGGCAAGGGCAUCUACUGUGAAAACAGUAAAAAGAUUUCUUUGGGAAGAGUUACGCGCGUUCGCUGACAGCCCGGACCAGGUGGAGCAUAUGCAUACGUUGUGGAAGAGUGCAAUCACCGGACAGAAAGGGCGGGCUUCAUCCGAGGAAGGGACACAGCAAUCUGUAACACCAACUGACGCCCCUCCUAGUGUGGCAGAAUUUCGCUGUAAAGAACUUCGUCAAGGGAAGCAAACUAGGUGGGUAAUAUGCUGGACAUUUUGGACAAGGGAACAGCGAAAACAAGUGAGGGAAUAUUUUGAAGGAAUCAGGGAAGUCUCUGACUGUGCAGCCGUGGAUUACAUCGGAUCUCCCCCAGUUAUCUGA